GAUAUUUGCUACUCCUACAUAUAAUAUCGUCUCUCUCUCUCUCUCUCUCUCUCUCUCUUGUCAUCUUCAGCAAUAUCUGUCACCUUAAAACGACAAACCAAGAAAAUUUUCUGAUCUCCACAUUCUGAUGAACAACAUUAGUUGUCUAAAUACCAAGAACUUACUGCUUCUGAUCUACUACUAGUAGUCAAAUACAAUCUUGGGGGUAUUAAAUUUCAAGUACUUGUAGCAAAAAGGGUAUCCAAAGUAAAAGAUGAGUUUCAGAGAAGAGAAUAAUGAAGAUGGAAGAGGAGGAGGAGGGGAUCUGAGGAAGCCAUUUUUGCAUACCGGAAGUUGGUAUCGUAUGGGUUCAGCACAGACUUCAAGCAUGAUGAUGGGUUCUUCUCAAGUUAUUCGUGAUAGCUCAAUCUCAGUUCUUGCUUGUGUUAUGAUUGUUGCUUUGGGUCCGCUCCAGUUUGGUUUCACUUCUGGUUAUUCUUCGCCUACGCAAACUGCUAUUACCAAAGAUCUGAAGCUCACUGUUUCUGAGUUCUCUUUGUUCGGUUCAUUAUCUAAUGUGGGUGCUAUGGUGGGGGCAAUAUCUAGUGGUCAAAUUGCCGAGUACAUUGGGCGAAAAGGGUCUUUAAUGAUAGCUGCUAUACCUAACAUCAUUGGUUGGCUUUCCAUCUCAUUUGCCAAUGAUCUGUCCUUCUUAUACAUGGGAAGAUUAUUGGAAGGUUUUGGAGUCGGCAUAAUUUCUUACACGGUUCCUGUAUAUAUUGCCGAGAUAGCACCUCAAAACCUGAGAGGGGCCCUAGGGUCAGUUAACCAGCUCUCUGUUACAGUUGGGAUCAUGUUAUCCUAUUUGCUGGGACUUUUCGUUAAUUGGAGGCUGCUUGCCGUUCUUGGAACGCUGCCCUGCCUAGCGCUGAUACCUGGACUAUUUUUCAUCCCGGAAUCUCCUCGGUGGUUGGCCAAGAUGGGUUUGACAGAAGAUUUUGAAACUUCCUUGCAAGUUCUUCGAGGAUUUGAUGCAGACAUUUCCAUUGAAGUAAAUGAAAUUAAGAGGUCUGUAGCAUCCACAAGCCGAAAGUCAGCAAUACGUUUUGCAGAUCUCAAACAAAGAAGAUAUUGGUUGCCUCUCAUGAUAGGAAUUGGACUGCUUGUCCUGCAACAAUUAGGAGGAACCAAUGGUGUGAUCUUCUAUUCCAGUAACAUUUUCCUGUCUGCAGGGAUUUCUUCAAGUAAUGUUGCAACCUUUGGCGUUGGUGCUAUCCAGGUUGUUGCCACUGCUGUUGCUACAUGGCUGGUGGAUAAAACUGGGCGUAGGAUUUUACUGAUUAUCUCCUCUGCUGGAAUGGCUGUUAGUCUCCUUAUUGUUGCUGUUGCAUUCUUUCUGAAGGGCUUUGUAGAUAAGGAUUCUACCCUUUAUGACAUGUUGGGAAUAUUAUCGGUGGUUGGUGUUGUGUUGAUGAUUAUUGCAUUCUCACUUGGAAUGGGGCCCAUUCCGUGGCUUAUAAUGUCUGAGAUUCUUCCGGUCAAGAUCAAAGGCCUUGCUGGAAGUGUAGCAACAUUAGCCAAUUGGUUCUGUUCCUGGGUAAUUACAGCAACUGCACCGUUGCUAUUGGCUUGGAGCAGUGGAGGAACAUUCACUCUUUAUUCACUUGUGUGUGCAUUCACCGUGGUAUUUGUGACAAUUUGGGUACCUGAGACGAAAGGGAAAACGCUGGAGGAAAUACAGUUCUCCUUUAGAUGAUAAAAUUUUGAAUAUUUGCUUUUCUACUCCCUGGUGUUCUUUCUACAAUAAUUCUUUGCCCUUCCGCAAAAGUUUCAAUACCUUAUUAGAAGAACAUUUGUAAAAUUUACUUUUUCAUUUAUUCAUCAUCGUAGAAAGAGAGAAUCAUACUGCUGCUGCUGCUUUGAAAAGUCAGGACCUUGAGUGUUUGCAAGUGGUAUUUGAGUUCACCAUGCCUUUGUGCAUUUUUUUCUUCUUCUGUGUACUAUAUACAGGAAUUUUUUUUUGUUGUAAUUGUAAUAUAUUCGCAUCUAUUGGACAUUGUGAGGGUUGCUUAAGAAGGAACUGUUAAUCCUUGGUACUGA